AUGCUCGACGACGCGGAGGACCCUGCACGGCUCUUUUUCCCUGACGAGUCGGAUGUCGACUUGUACGAUGUCCUCGGUCUAAGCAAAGAGAAUCAGCCAAGUUCUGAUGCAAUCAAGAAGGCAUACCGGAAGCUGGCAUUGCGGUACCAUCCCGAUAAGGCCCGACUGCACCAGGGUGAUCCAGAGGCCGUUGCUCUGCGGUUCCAACAGAUUGGCUUUGCAUAUAGCGUGCUGUCUGAUGAGAAGCGACGAAAAAAAUACGACGCUACUGGCUCGACGAGUGACUCUAUAUGGGAGAGCGACGAGCCUGUGGACUGGAACGAAUACUUCAAGACCCUCUGGACCGGAGAAGUGAAUGGAAAGACUCUGGAGGAGUUCAAAGCGUCCUACCAAGGCUCAAGUGAAGAGCGCCGUGAUAUCCUGCAAGCCUACCGCGAGCACAAGGGCCAUUUGGAGGGCAUCUUUUCGGAGGUCCCCUGCUCUAACAUCCUGGAAGACGAGGAACGCUUUAUGGAAAUCGUGAACGGCGCGCUGAAGGCCAAUGAGAUACGCCCCACUAAGGCAUGGACAGCUCUUCAAAAGCCUGAAGGUAGCAAGACACGCAAGAAACUACGUGCCAAGGCCCAGCAGGAGGCCAACGAAGCGGAAGCCUAUGCAAAAGAACUGGGCGUCUGGGACGAUUUCUACGGAUCCUCUACGAAGAAGCGCAAAUCUGCUCAAGUCGAGCCAGCGACAUCCGCGUCGAAGACAGGCGGGGCUGAGGAUGACGACGGCGCCGAUCUCGACGCGCUUCGCAGGGCCAUGCGGGCAAAAGCGUCGCAGCGCGCGUCUUCGUUCGAUGCUAUGAUUGAGCGGUUGGAGCAAAAGCAUGCAAGGCCUGCUGCAGCGCCCAAGCGAUCUUCCAAAAAAAGACGCGGUUGA